CCCAGCAGCCUGCAGGCAGCGAGGUAAUCGGAAGGUGCACCAGCAAAAUAUUGCACAACGGCCGCAAAUUAAAGCGAAGUCACGAUGCAAGACCGGCAACGUACGCGCGGAUGCGAUGCGAUCAAAAUUGUUUUUUCAUCGAUUGCCCUAAUUCAUCAUAUCGACGGCGGCGGCACAAACAGAAGUUUAUCGUAGAGUCUCACCAGGCCUGGCCAUAUAUAACAGACGGCUUUUCACUGGAUCAAAGUCCAUGAUUGGUAUAUUCAGCAUACUUGAUACCAGUCAGCUACAUGAUGAGUCCUGGAUUGAGGGGCCUGGCACAGAUUCCAGAACUGACCGAUCAUGAAGCAGACCAGUCUCGAUUAAACAUGUCUGUUGAGUCCUCACAUCUCUCGAGUCCGUUUCCUCGCAAAUUUCUGCAGAAAAUUCUAUCCCUAAGCUCUAUCAGCAUGGCUGUUGAUCCUCUCCAGAUCCUUUCCCUUAUUGCCUUCCUCUCCGCCCUUGAUGCUCGCGGAGUAUCUCUAGCCACUGGUCUGACCAACACGAUCAUAUAUUUUCCGUUCAACAGACUGUCGGACGGCUCUUUGUGCGGACCAUCAAACACUCGCUCCUCCGCUUCCAAUAUGGGCUUCUUUGAUCAUGCUAGUGAAAGCUUCAUACAGAAUCCUUCCACCCCUGACUCUGGCUAUCCUUUGGGUUUUUCGGACACGACAUCUUCCACUGCAUCUUUUCCUCUGCUCUACCAGUUUCUCCUUAUCUUCUCAGGUCAAUUGGCUUCUAUCUCACAAGACAUCUUGUCUCUGCGUCGUUCUGUUGCCUCGCUCGAGUCAUCGCUGUCUGCAGUUGAGGAUCAAAUCGCUUUGCUUACCAAUGCCCAUGAACCGAUUUUGGCACAGUCCAAGGACGAACCAUUCCAUACCCAUACAAAACGGUCGUCCGAUAGUGAGGAACCGGGUCGACAAUCAUAUCACCUGUCCAACAUCAUGACCACCCAGCAAGGUCAAAUGAGCGUGCGGCGUGACACGGUUGGUGCACUGCAGGCAUGCAUUAGUCCAGAUCACCAACCACUUGCUGAAUGCGCGCGGAGUUGUAAAGAUUUUGACGUUCCCCAGAAAUGUCUUCGCGCUCGACCCACUGCUCAGAUUCAGGAUCACAUUGAGUGCAAGAAAGACUACGCUGCCUUGCGUCAGGACCUGCAAAAACUCUCGGACUUGGCCUCGAUCAACUAUACCAAGACCAAUAUAUCAUUGGAUCACCUUCGUAGUCAGAUCGUUGACCAGGUCAAAGACCAAAAUCGGACCGAGAAAGAAGUGGCACUCUUGCGUGAACAGAUGACAAGGAAGUUUGGGGCGUUUCAGUCCAGAGUAUCUUCUCUUACGUUAGACGCCGUGAAGGUACAUCAUAGUGUUCAAUUAUCAGACCAGGCUGCCAAAGAAGCUCGUCGGGCAAAAGCGAUGGCGGGGGUGAGCCGUCGUGUCAUGCAGCUUCAAGGUAUGUGAGUCCCGUUGAUGAAUUUCAUUCCGACGCUCACAUACUCUUAUGUCAUCUGGACUCAACCCGCGGCGUGUUCUUGGCUAAUGUAGACACCGUCCCACGGAAUAACGAAAAUGGUGCGGUAGUUCCGUCCCCGUGUUCUUCAUCAAUUUCGGUUGGGCACU